AUGUCUAGGAAUUACGACAACUGGGAAAGGCUGGUGGAUGCAGUGUUGCGGCGAGAAAAGGAUUGGCAAAUUGCUCAUGAUCACUCGAGGAGCCCGAGCAGCAGCUCGUUAUCAUCAGAUUCCAGUUUACCGACUGAUCACGGACCUGUCAACAUUUGGAGGGCAGAACCAUAUUUGUAUGAGCAGAAUCCCACAGCUUUCUCCAAGGAUGUAAUAACUAAAGGAGUUUUUAAGAAAACUACUGUUCCCGAGCUAGUAUUUCUAAGAGGUUGUAGUCCUUCUUUUGUCCUGGGAGAUAUAUUCAGGUCUUCUGCUCAGGUUCUUGGAAAGGGAACAUUUGGGACUUCAUACAGUGUAACACUAGAUAAUGGAAAUAAAGUCGUGGUAAAGAAACUGAAGGACGUAAUCCUUAGUAAACGAGAAUUUGAGCAGCAGCUGGAGAUAUUUGGAAGCAUAAGGCACGAAAACGUGGUAGUGCCAAUAGCUUAUUAUUUUUCCAGAGAUGCGUUCAUGAUUUAUGACUAUCAAAGUCAAGGGAGUUUAUCUGCUCUGCUACAUGGAAACACAGUUGAAAACCAGCCAGACUGGGAAACACGUCUAAGAAUUGCAAAAGGUACAGCAAGAGGUAUUGCCCAUAUACACACACGACAUCGCGGUAGGCUUGUCCAUGGAAACAUAAAAGCCUCGAACAUUUUUCUCAACUCCCAAAAAUAUGGUUGUGUUUCUGAUUUUGGCUUGGGAAGCGCGGAAGUAGUACCAGUUGUAAUGUGCACUACUGGAUACCGUGCCCCGGAAGUGACAAUUGCGGGGAAGGUUUCUCAAGCGUCUGAUGUCUACAGCUUUGGAGUCUUGCUGCUUGAACUUCUCACUGGAAAAUCCCCCAUGAAUGCAAUCGGUGUUAAAAAGGUAGAUUUAGUCAAAUGGGUUCUUUUCUUGUUAGGUAAGGACAGGAGACUUGAAGUGUUCAAAGGUUUGGCUCUGCGUUUCCCUAAUGAAGUGGAAGAGAUGGGGAAGAUGUUACGAGUGGCAAUGAGUUGUGUGGCAGAUAGUCCACACCAUAGACCUAAAAUGCCCGAUGUGUUGAAAAUGGUAGAGGACUUGUAA